AUGCGCGCACUAGCUAUACUAUUCGCCUCCCCUCAAGACCCUACGCGAGACCAUCACCCCUCGCACCGUCAACGCCGUUAUCCCUCUACGCCUACGCCAGCGUGGGACCCAACGGUAUGGCCGUCAAUUGACGACCUCGAGGCUAUCCAGACCCGCCAACAGCGCCCAGAGCCCUGCCGGAAGUAUAGCGCUAGAUUCCCCAGCAAGAACGCUCUCUUCCGCCACGUCUAUGCCAAUAGCUGUGGAAGCCAGUUUCGCUGUCGCAUCUGCUAUAGCGAUUUCACAUCUCGCAACGCCCUAUUCCGACACCUACAACAAGGCUGCCAGCCCUCAGCCUGUAAGGCUAGAAUCCCACAGCAGGAGACUGCUAAGACUACUGCCGAGACUGCCGAGACUACUGCCGAGACUGCCGAGACUACUGCCGAGACUACUGCCGAGACUACUGCCGAGACUACCGAGACUACUGCCGAGACUGCCGGCCAGACCAUAGAAGUUAUAGAACGGGCUUCUGCGCCGUUUCUACAGACCCUCUUCAACGCCGCUAAGCAUACCCAUAUCUAUACCGAAAUUAGCCUCUGUAUGACUAUGCUACAGUCCCAACGACAACAACAGCAACUGCUUUUCCUACCAGACCCAGGGAGAAGAUUCGCAGCCAUAACAAACAUUCAGCAACAAUACAGAGUAUUCUAG